AAGGGAGAGAUGACGCAAAUAGUUGGGUGCAAUGGUGUUGCUCAGUUGAAAGAGGCAGAUCCACUUGGCUUCCUGAACUGAGAACAUCCCGAAAGAGAUCAUCUGUGUGUGUGGUAGUGAAAUUAUUUCUUUUCUUUUUUAUCCUGAGGAAUAGGAUUACCAUUGAAAACAGAAUUCGAUGACAGAUGGAUUGUUAAAUUAAAGAAGUAUCGAUGGGGGUAACAGACGAGGAUAUCGCCCCAACUUUCACCAAGAAGCCAUCCCUGAGGGAAGAAGACGAUGGCAACAAGUUGGUGUUCGAAUGUCAGUUGGUCACCAACCCCAAACCGGCCAUCCAGUGGUACAGGGGUGAGACGGCGUUGCACGAAGACCACCGAACUAAAGUGACCAUGAAAGAGAUCGGACCGAACAAAUACAAUAUAAUGUUAGAACUAAACGAUGUAUUCGAAACAGAUGCGGGCAUGUACAAAGUGACGGCCAAAAAUAAAUUCGGAGAAAUUUCGUCAUCCAUCAAUCUCAAUUUCAGCCCUGCUGAUCAACCGCACGAUUAUCAAACUGAUGGCAUUCCUCCAACUUUUGCAAAGAAGCCAUCCAUUAGACAGGAAGAUGAAGGAAGGCGUCUAUUGUUCGAGUGCAGAAUAUUAGCUGAUCCUAAGCCAACAGUUUUUUGGUUCCAUGAUGGUAAUCCAGUAAAAGAAUCUUCAAGGUGCAAGUUAAGGCUGGAUAAAGAUGGAAACGCUUAUUUUUCAACAUUAGAAAUUGAUGACGUCACAAUAGAAGAUGCUGGAAAAUAUAAAGUCACUGCCAAAAAUGAAUUGGGCGAAAGUCACGCUACCAUUAGUCUCAACUUUGAUAGCAGUGAAGAUGAAGGCAUUCCUGCAGGAGGGACCAAGCCACUUUUUACAGAAAAACCAGCCAUUAAAGGUGCUGACAAUUUCAAAAAAGUCACUUUUGAGUGUAGAUUGAUUGCUGAUCCGAAACCGACAAUACAAUGGUUUCACAAUGGCAAAGAAGUUGUGGAUGGUGGAAAAUAUAAAUAUGGUCUGAUUUCUGAUAAACACAAUCAUAUAGUUUCAUUAGAAAUAACAAAUGUUGUGGGGGCUGAUGGCGGUGAAUACAAAGCUGUGGCCACCAACAAAAACGGUGACGGACACGCCAAUAUUACACUCAAUUUUGAAAAUGACAAACCACAAAUUCCAAAGGGUAAAACUCCUAGGUUUCCGAAGAAGCCAACGAUUCGUCAGGUGGGCGAAUCACUCUUUCUGGAGUGCAUCUUGGAAGCUGAUCCCCUUCCAGAAAUAGUUUGGUAUCACGGAUCAACGAAAAUAAAGGACGGAAAGAGACAUAAAAUACAAACAAAAUCUCAAGGAUCCGAAAUGUAUCUUUUGACAUUGGAAAUACAAGAUCCGAUAGCUGAAGACGGUGGAAAGUACAGAUGCAACGCAAUUAAUGAUUUGGGAGAAAGUAAUGCCAACAUAGAUCUCAAUUUUCAGGGUGGGGACAAUUCCAAAGAAGAAGGUCUGGCUCCAGAGUUUUUGGAGAAACCAAAAAUCAUUCCAAAAGAUAAGCUUAUCAUUCUGCAGUGCAAAGUGAAAGCAAUUCCUGCUCCCAAAAUCACUUGGUACCAAGGUACCAAAAUUGUGAAGGAGAGCAACAGGGUACAAGCUAAAGUAGUUGAAAAGGGAAACGACGAAUUCACAGUAUCACUCGAAAUAAAGGAUGCAUCAAAAGAAGAUGGCGGUGCUUAUAAAUGUCACAUGAUCAAUGCACACGGUGAAUUGAAUGCCAACUUAAAUCUUGAUAUUCAAGGUGAAAAAAUUCCAACUGGGGAAGCACCGACAUUUGUGGAGAAACCAAAAAUCACUCCCGAAGAUGGAGGAAAUAGGAUCAUCAUGGAAUGCAAAGUGAGGGCCAGUCCAAAACCGGACAUUACGUGGUUCUGCGAUGGACAGGUGGUCAAAGAAAGCAGUCGCAUCAUUCAGACCAUCAAGCAAGACAAAGAUGUAUAUCACAUAAAGCUAGAAUUAAAGAAUUUGGAAUUUACUGAUGCCGGGCUCUAUAAGUGUAACGUCAAAAAUGUUCACGGAGAAAGUAACGCAAAUCUCACUCUUAACAUCGAAUUGGCUCCUGUGAUCAAGGAGAAACCGAAAGUGGUGAAGAGAGAGGAGAGGAGGGUGGUGAUCGAGUGUCGAGUGUCCUCAGUAUCUAAACCGACCUGCAGCUGGUACAAGGAGAGUACAAAAGUGAUGGAGAGCAGCAAACACAGCGUGAAGAUAACGGAAAUAACAAAGGGAGAGUUUUCUGUUGCACUGGAGAUUGAGAAACCGACCACCGCUGACAAGGGGGACUAUAAAAUGGUGGCCAAAAACGAAAAGGGAGAAAUCACUUCAUCGGUGGUAAAAGUAGACAUCGAGGAGAAAAAAGAAGAGAAGAAGGAAGAAAAAAAAAAACCUUCUGGUGAUAAACCAAAGAUUACACAAGCUUUAACUCCUCUUACUAUAGAAGAAGGUAAUAGUGCUGUAUUUACAUGUAAAGUGACUUCUACGUCUAAGACAAGUGUUACCUGGUAUAAAGGCACCCAAAUUAUGAAAGAAUCGAGCGAGAUAAAGCUGUCCUUUGAUAAUACUACAGCCACUUUAAGCAUUUCAAAGACUUCUGUUUCUUCGUCUGGACUCUACAAAGUGGAAUUUACAAAUGAUUUUGGAAAAGAUGAAAGUUCAGCGCAGUUGACUGUUUCAGAGAAGAAAAAGGUCGAGGAAAAGAAAAUUGAAAAGAAAGAAGAAAAGAAAGUUGAAAAGAAGGAAGAAAAGAAAGAGGAAAUAAAAGUGGAAAAGAAAGAAGAAAAAAAACUUGAAGUGAAAGAAGAAAAGAAAGUAGAGAAACUAGAGGUUCAUAAGAAAGAAGUAAAGACAUCUGAGAAAAAAGUGGAACAAAAAACUGAAAAGAAAGAAACAAAGACAGAAAAGAAGGAAUCAAAGAUAGAAAUAAAGGAAGAAAAAGUAAAAUCGACCAAAAUAGAAGAGUCUGCAAAAUCCACAGUUCCACAAAUCUCUGUGGAGGAGACGGGAGGAGGAGCUCCUGUGAUCAAAGAACCUCCCAGUUCCAGGAAGGCGUCAGCAGAUGUAAGUGUUCCCCAAUUCGGAAGCCGCAGAGGCUCCUAUGUCGAUAUCCCCAGUCCUGGUGGCUCGAGGAGGGGAUCCAUCAUUAUAGCUGAUGAGAAAGGCAUGGUUGUGGAUGAGAGUGGAAAAACGAAGAAACUCCGUCCCGGUGAAAUGCUUGAAGUAGCAGCACCCAAAAGGAGAAAAAGUAUCGAUGUUCGUAGAGUCAGCGUGUCAGAAUUAGAAGAAAUGAUUGACAAGCCUUGUUCACCUCUCAAACCAAUUCCAGGAAAUGAAAAGUCAGCUCCCUCCAUUAUAGAUUUCCAGCAAAAUUAUUCUGCUGUUGAAGGUGCUACAGCCUACAUAUCUUUCCAAGUGGAAGGGAACCCGGCUCCGAAGUUUCAUUUCUACAAAGGUAUUUCCGAGAUAUUCGAAGGUGGGAGGUACAAGAUCUUCACGGACGGCAAUUCCAACACCGUUGCACUCUGUAUAAGGAAAUCGAAAGCACAGGAUGAAGGCAAAUACAAGAUUGUUGCCUACAAUGAAGUGGGAGAGGACAAUCAAGAAGUCAGCCUUUUUGUGAGCGAUGAAAGUGGUAUGGAUUUCAGAGCCAUGUUGAAGAAAAGGCAGUAUGCAAAGUGGAAGGAAGACCAGGAAGAUCCGAACUGGAACCUGAAACCACCGGAGAAAGAGAGAAGACCAUCUCUCAGAGAAACAAAGAGCAGUGGUGAUGAACGCAGAGGAUCACGGGAAAGUCGUCGUCCCUCUUUAGCUGAGUUGAUUCCUGAUUGGCCCAUUCUCCAAAAAGUAGUGAAAGACUCUGAGAAAAAAGAUGAGUUUGUGAAACCAUUGGUGGAUGCGAGAGCGAAAGAGGGAAAAGACAAAAAGUUGAGGCUGGAGGCUGUGUUCUCAAAGUUGAACGUGAAGGCCAAGUGGUACAGGGUUAAAGAGGAGCUCUUCUUGGGAAAGAAAUACCACAUGCAGAGCGAGGGUGAUCUCCAUGUGUUGAUCAUCAACAAUCCUGUGGAGGACGACAGCGGCAGAUACAAGAUUGAAUGUAUGGGCAUCACCAGUUCUUGCAUAGUCACGGUGGACGAACCUGAUCCCGUGUAUAAAUUUACAAAGAAAUUGGGUGAGACAACAGAGGCAUACACAACGAAAGAUGUCGUCCUUGAAUGCGCUGUCAAUGAUUACAAAGCUUGCGUCAAUUGGUACAAAGACGGACAGAAAAUAGAGGCAUCGGAUAAAUACGUGAUUGAAGCAGAUCCUUUGGGCAGAAAACUUCUGAAGAUUGUCGAUCUUUCUAUUGCUGACUGCGGGCAGUAUAUGUGCAAGAUCAACGCCGAGGAGAAGACAGAAACUAAACUGACAGUCACUGAACAACUGUUUAAGUUCACGAAACCCCUGAAGAGCAUCAAAGUGAUUGAGAAUAAUGAAGUAUUUAUUGAAUGUGAAUUGGAUGAUUGGGAAGGAAAAGUUCAAUGGUUCAAAAACGAUAAAGAAUUGAAACCAGAUCCCAUAAUUGAGCAGGUUUCCCAAAUAAGACGCAGAAGACUCGUCUUCAAAGGAGUGCGUUUAACGGAUGAAGGAAAAUAUACAUGCAAAUCCAAUGCUGACAGCACUGUUUGUGAAAUGAUUGUUGAACCUGCUAAUAAAAUAGUGAAGAAACUGAAAGACUGUACAUUACUAGAGAGAGCGAAGGGAAUAUUGGAAGUGGAAAUGUUGGAUAAAAAAGCUCCCGUCGAAUGGUUUAAGAACGGAGAACCCAUCACUCCCACUGAAAGGGUGUUCUUCAAAAUGCACGAUGACGGAAAACAUCAUCUGAUUUUUAAAACUCUUGAAAUGGAGGAUGCCGGCGAAUACAGGUGCCAAGCUAAAGAUCUCAAGACCUCUUGCAAACUCACAGUUGAACAAGCUGAAAAAGCCCCGAUCAUCAAGUUGGAUAAAUUUGACUUUGUUGGAGAUAGUGGAAAACCUUACACCAUUGAAAUCCCUUAUGAAAUUGUUGGAAAAAGGACGUCUAAGGCGGUUGCAAAAUUGCUGCGCAAUGGACAGGCGGUCACAGCUAAGGAAGUGGACAUAGUGGUUAAGGAUGAGAAGGUGGUGAUCACAUUCCGAAAAGCAAUUCGUGCAUCGACAGGAAAGUAUGGUUUUUCUCUCACCAAUUCUCAGGGUGAAGCGACCUGCGAUUUAGAUAUCAACAUCUUAGAUGUUCCCACCCCACCGGAAGGACCUUUGGAAGUGUUCGAUGUGUACAGGGAUCGUUGCAAGUUGUCGUGGAAGCCGUGUAAAGACACGGGAGGCAUCCCCCUCAACCACUAUCUCAUCGAGAGACAAGAUCUGGGAGCGAGAGGUGGAUGGGCAGAAGUGGCCACCACCCAAGAUACAAAGUUUGAUGUGACUGACCUCACUCCGAAGAAAGAAUACAAAUUCAGGAUAAGAGCCAUCAACGAGAAAGGAUCCUCACAACCUCUGGUGGCUCCUAAAAACACUUUUGCUAAAGACCCCUACGAUGAACCCUCAAAGCCUGGAAAUGUUGAAAUUCAAGACUGGGACGUGGGUAGGGUUGACAUAGGUUGGACAAAACCAGAGACUGAUGGCGGAGCUCCCAUCACAAGUUAUAUAGUCGAAUAUAAAGAUAAGUUCUCAGGAGAAUGGACACAAGGACCGGAAGUGGGCCCAGAUGAGUUAAAAUGUCGUGUAGAAGGAUUGAAGGAAGGUGUCCAAUACCAGUUCAGGGUGAAGGCUGUCAACAAAGCCGGUCCCGGUGAACCCAGCGAUCCAUCAAAACCAGUCAUCGCCAAAGCAAGAUAUGUCAAGCCUUACAUUAUCGGCGAUGAAGUGAAAGGAAUGAUUAUUAAAAAGGGUCAAAUGAUCAAAUACGAAAUUCAAUUCGGUGGUGAGCCUCCUCCCACUGUCAAAUGGGCAAAAGAUCUCAAAGAACUCAUGCCUUCUAAAAAGAUAACUAUUGACAAUACUGCAAAAGAGACGACGAUCCUCGUGAAGAGCGCUGAGAGGGCUGACAGUGGGAAAUACACCCUGACACUGACAAACACUUCAGGUGCCAUCUCCUCUUGGGGUGACGUCAUUGUCCUGGACAAACCAACAGCACCCAGAGGACCCUUGAAGGCGGAGGAAGUGAGGGCCGAUCACGUGAAGCUGAAAUGGAACAGGCCAGAAGACACGGGUGGUCAAGAACUGAAAGGAUACGUCAUCGAGAAGAUGGACACUGACACGGGUCGAUGGGUACCUGCGGGAGAAGUGGGUCCGAAUGAUGACACUUUUACAGUCGAUGGCCUCACCCCAAAGAAGAAAUAUAAAUUCAGAGUGAAGGCCGUCAACAAAGAUGGAGAGUCACCGGCACUCGUCACUGACGAGGACAUCGAAGCUAAAAAUCCUUACGAUGAGCCUGGCAAACCUCCAAAACCAGAGAUUGUGGACUACGACAACACUAAAGUGGAACUAAAAUGGGUUCCCCCCGAGAAUGACGGUGGCCGACCCAUACUGAGCUACAUCAUCGAAAUGAAAGACAAAUUCAGCGCCACCUGGACAGAAGCACUGAAGACACCCGACAACAAGUGCAGAGCAGUGGUUGAAGGACUGAAAGAAAACACUGUACUACAAUUCCGUGUGAGGGCUGUCAACAAGGCUGGCAUUGGAGAACCCAGUGAUCCCACCAACAAUCACACGGUUAAACACAGACACUUGAAACCUCUGAUUGAUCGAACGAACUUGAAAGCACAGGUGAUAAAAGUUGGAAGAUCGAUUAAAUUCGACGUGGACGUGAAAGGAGAACCCGCUCCCGAAAUAGUGUGGUCGUUUGCCGAUCAUAAAGUAGUGCAGGACGAUCACAUUAAAAUUGAAAACAGAGACUAUCAUACCGACUUCACAAUCACUAAAUCGAAGAGAAAACAUUCUGGGAAAUAUACUAUCAGUGCCACCAAUGCAUCGGGCAAGGACACGGUGACUGUGGAUGUGACCAUUUUAGGCAAACCCUCUAAGCCUGAAGGUCCUCUCGAGGUUUCCGACGUCCACAAAGAAGGUUGCAAGCUGAAAUGGAACAAGCCAAAAGACGACGGAGGUACCCCCAUCGAACAAUACGAAGUGGAGAAAUUCGAUAAAGAAACUGGACGAUGGACAAGAGUUGGAAAAGUUUCCGGUGACAAGUCUGAAAUGGACGUGACUGGACUAACACCUGGCAAAGAAUAUUUAUUCCGCGUUGCAGCCAUCAACGAAGAGGGAGAAUCAGAACCACUGGAAACGUUGAGACCCAUCGUUGCUAAAAACCCAUUCGAUGAACCUGGCAAACCGGGAGUUCCUGAAUUGGAAGAUUGGGAUAACAGCAGCGUUGAUCUGAAGUGGGAGGCUCCUAAGUCGGAUGGAGGUUCCCCCAUCACGAAAUACAUUGUGGAGAAGAAGGAAAAGUUCUGCCUAAGUUGGGAGAAAGCUGGUGAGGUGUUGGGAGGAGCGACAAAGGUCAAAGUGACUGACCUCAAAGAAAAUUCUGAAUAUCAAUUCAGAGUGGUUGCAGUGAACGCUGCAGGUCCGGGGGAACCCAGCGAGGCCACCAAAAAUCACUUGGUCAAACAUCGAAAGUUAAAACCACACAUCGAUCGAACGAACUUGGAAACGACAACCAUUCGAAAAGGAAAAUCAUUGAAGUUGGAUGUUAACAUUAAAGGUGAACCAGCACCUACUGUUAAAUGGUCACUCAAGGAUAAGGUGAUAGAGAGCUCGGAACACAGAGAGAUUAUAAACGUGGAUUAUAAUACAAAGCUGAUCAUCCACAGUGCCCAAAGGAAAUAUUCUGGCAUUUAUAAAAUAAUUGCAGAAAAUGAACACGGGAAGGACGAAGCAGAGGUCGAAAUAAUCAUCUUGGGAGCUCCAUCUAAACCCAAAGGUCCCCUUGAAGUGAGCAACGUCCAUGCAAAAGGUUGCAAGUUGAAGUGGCAGGCACCGGAGGAUGAUGGGGGCAAGCCCAUCAACCAUUACCAGGUAGAGAAAAUGGAUGCUGCAUCGGGCAAUUGGAUACCGGUGGGCAGAGCCGAGAGUGACAAGACAGAAAUGGAUGUACCGGGACUCAUACCCGGAAAGGAAUACCAAUUCAGAGUGAAGGCUGUCAACGCUGAAGGAGAAUCCGAACCACUCGUUACAGAUAGUUCCACUCUGGCCAAAAAUCCUUUUGAAUCGGCAGGAGCUCCCGGAACCCCUGAAAUCGUUGAUUGGGAUGAGACGAUGGUUGACCUGAAGUGGCAUCCACCCAAGAAUGAUGGAGGAGCCCCCAUCACCGGUUACAUCAUCGAGAAGAAAGAGAGGUUUGCAGCUGCCUGGGAUGUGUGCACCGAAACACACGGACCCGAGGGUAAAGUCACGGGUCUCGUGAAAGGUCACCAAUACGAAUUCAGGGUGAAGGCUGUCAAUAAAGCGGGUGAAGGACAACCCAGUGAACCCACCAGACCACAUCUUGCAAAAGCCCGAAACCUGGCUCCAAAGAUAAACAGGACUAAUCUACAGGAUAUAACAAUUAAAUCUGGCCACACCAUCAAACUGGACGUUGAGGUGGAAGGGGAGCCCGCCCCCACCAUCACCUGGAACCACGGAGAGAAGGCCGUCGAACCUGAUGACGUCAUUCAAUACCAUAAUGAAGAUUACGCGACACACCUGAAAUUCACGGGCAUCACUCGAAGAUAUACGGGAAAAUAUGUGAUCAGGGCAGUUAACAAAAAUGGUCGAGAUGAAGCCGUUAUCAAUAUCAAUGUCCUGUCGAAACCGGCCAAACCGGAAGGUCCUAUGGAAAUUACGGAUGUCCACGCCAAAGGUUGUAAGUUGCAGUGGCAACCUCCGAAAGAUGACGGUGGAACUCCCCUUCAAGGUUAUCAGGUUGAAAAAAUGGACGUGCUCACGGGUCGAUGGAGUCCAGUGGGUAAAGUGGACAGCCCGUCUAUUGAAGUGAAGGGUCUUGAUCAGGGUAAAAAAUACCAUUUCCGGGUGAAGGCUAUAAACAACGAAGGGGAAUCUGACCCACUCGAGACAGACAGAACCACACUCGCCAAAAAUCCGUUUGAAAAGCCCGGAUGUCCGGGUGAACCGGAGAUUGUUGAUUACGAUAAGGACUUUGUGGAACUGAAAUGGGAUAAACCGAGCAAAGACGGGAACGCUCCCAUCACGGGGUACAUCAUCGAGAAGAAGGGACCCGGAGGAGAAUGGACAAAAGCUGCUGAAACGAUGGGCCCAGGAGGAAAAGUCACGGGUCUUGUUCCUGGUGAGAAGUAUGAAUUCAGGGUCAGAGCCGUCAACAAAGCUGGACCCGGGGACCCCAGCGAAGCCACCCUUCCACACCUCGCUAAGCCUAAAUUCUUGAAGCCACGAAUUGAUCGAGCCAAUUUAAGGAACAUGGCUAUAAAAAUUGGUCAGACUGUUAACUUAGACGUGAAUGUGAUCGGAGAGCCACCCCCACAAGUGACGUGGAAGUUGAAUGACGUAGAAGUGCAGACGUCAGACACGAUACGCAUAGACAACGCUGAUUAUAACACAAAGUUCUACUUGUUGAGGGCGACGAGGAAAGAGAGUGGAUUAUACACCAUCGUUGCCACCAAUAAAGUCGGAACAGACGAAGCACAAGUUGAGAUCUUUGUUCUAGGCAAGCCAAGCAAGCCCAAAGGACCCCUCGAUGUUUCUGACGUCCACAAAGAGGGUUGCACAUUGAAGUGGAGUGAACCAGAAGACGAUGGUGGUUCACCCAUCGAAUAUUAUGAAGUGGAGAAAAUGGAUGAGGAUACGGGUGUUUGGGUACCGGCUGGUAAAUCACAGACUCCCAAAUGCGAUCUCACCAAUCUUCAACCCGGAAAGAAAUACAAAUUCCGUGUUCGGGCUGUCAACAAGGAAGGGGAUUCUGAAGAACUGGAAACGGAAGACUCUACAUUAGCCAAAAAUCCAUUUGAUGAGCCCUCUAAACCAGGACGACCUGAGCCAACCGACUGGGAUGUGGACCACGUCGAUCUGCAGUGGUCACCUCCCUCGAGUGACGGUGGAUCUCCCAUCUCAAAGUAUAUAGUGGAAAAGAAGAAGAAGGGAUGCCACAAGUGGCAGAAGGCGAAAGAGAUCCCCGGUGACAAAACGAACGCGACUGUCGGGGAUCUGGAGGAAGGUGAAGAGUAUGAGUUCCGAGUGAUCGCGGUCAACAAGGGUGGACUGAGCGAACCCAGUGAAGGAUCGAGACCCGUGAUUGCAAAACCCAAAAACUUGGCCCCUCAAAUCGACCGAAAGAAUCUGAAGGCUCUAACGGUGAGGAGUGGUCACGCAGUCAUAUUGGAGAUCGGCGUGAAAGGUGAGCCGACCCCCACCAUUCAAUGGACAGUGGGUGGUAAACCACUCGGGGAAAGAAUUCAAAUCGAGACUGCAGCGAAUGAGACAAAAUUCAUGAUUAAGAAAGCAUUAAGGAAAGACACGAACAAGUACACCAUCACAGCAAAGAACAUAAACGGCACAGAUGAAGCCGUUCUUGAGUUGACAGUAAUAGGUAAACCAAGCAAACCUAAAGGUCCUCUGAAGGUAUCUGAUGUCCACGCAGAGGGUUGCAAGCUGGCUUGGGAUCCACCGGAAGAUGAUGGAGGAGAACCCAUCCAACAGUAUGUGGUCGAAAAGAUGGACACCGAAACAGGACGAUGGUUGCCGGUCGCCACAACGAAGGAACCGAGCGCAGAAAUUGAAGGCCUCAUUCCCGGAAAGGAUUACAAAUUCCGAGUGAAGGCUGUCAAUCCAGAGGGGGAUUCAGAGGCUCUUGAAACAGAAAAAUCAACCACUGCUAAAAAUCCAUUUGAUGAACCGGGCCAGCCGGGUAAGCCGACCGCUAAGGACUGGGAUCAGCAUCAUGUGGACCUGCAAUGGACUGCACCACUGAGUGACGGUGGUUCUCCCAUAACGAGUUACGUCAUUGAAAAGAAAGACAAGUACAGCAGCAAGUGGCAGAGGGCUGUAGAGAUUAUAGGGGAUUCAUGCGAGGCUAGAAUUCCGGAUUUAAUAGAAGGAAUGGAAUAUAAUUUUAGGGUGAGAGCUGUAAACAAAGCGGGUCCAGGUGAAGCCAGCAUUGCAAGCGAUCCUGUUACAGCUAAGAUUCGAUACUUGUGUCCAAAGAUUGACAGAAAUACGAUAAAGGAUGUGACGAUUCACGCGAGUCAGAGUGUGAAGCUUGACGUGAAGAUGAUUGGAGAACCUCCACCCAAAAAGAUUUGGAUGUUGGGUAAUAUUGUGAUGAAAGAUGGGGGAAAGAUUAAUAUUGAAAACGAACCCUACCGCACCAAACUCUGUUUCAUUAACUGUGAUAAAAGGGAUUCCGGAACUUAUAAGAUCAAAGCAGAAAACAGUGUCGGAAGUGACGAAGCGACCAUUCAACUCACUGUGUUAGGUGAGUAUAUUAAUUGCCAUAAUGAAGACAAUAUUCAACUAUUUGCACUGUCAGGUGACUUUAUAUGUAUCUUUUUUUUAAUCACAGGACAUGAAUAUAAGUUCAGAGUGAAGGCCGUUAAUGCAGAAGGAGAGUCUGAUCCUUUGGAUGCUUUCGAACCAGUUAUUGCAAAGAAUCCAUACGAUCCCCCAGGACAACCCGGCACUCCAACCGUUAAAGACUGGGACAAGGAUAGAGUGGAGCUCGCAUGGGAAUCCCCGAAGAAAGAUGGUGGUUCGCCCAUAACCGGUUACCUCAUAGAGAAGAAGCGCAAGGGUUCCGUCCAGUGGACGAAAGCUGCCCUCUUGGACGAUAAUGUCAAUUCCGGUAAAGCGACGGGGCUGGAGAACGGAGAAACAUACCAAUUCCGUGUGACGGCCAUCAAUGAAGCGGGACUGGGAACUCCCAGUGACGAAACAAAACCCAUCCUCAUCAAACCCAGAAGAAUGGCUCCAAAAAUUGACCGCCGCAAUCUUAUCUCCAUCACCCUGAAAAACGGUCAAGCCUUCAGCUAUGACGUUAAAAUAAAAGGUGAGCCCCCUCCCUCUGUUCAGUGGCUGUUGAAAGACAAGAAAGUGGAAGAGAGAAUAGACCUCACUAUAACGAACAUUCCAUACAACACGAAAAUUGUCUGUGAUAAAGCUCAACGCAUCGACUCUGGAAUCUAUCGGAUUGUGGCCACCAAUGCACACGGAGAGGACAGAGCAGACGUCGAAGUCUCUGUACUCGCUAAACCUUCUAAGCCGGAAGGUCCUCUCAUUGUGUCUGAUGUCCAUAAACACGGCUGCAAAUUGAAAUGGAAUAAACCUGUGGACGACGGUGGUGAACCUUUAGAAGGAUAUGUGAUAGAGAAAGAAGAUCCGGAAACAGGACUUUGGAUACCCGUGGCCAAGACUCACAUACCUGAAGGCGAGGUGAAUGGUCUCACUCCGGGAAAAUCUUACAAGUUUCGCGUCAAAGCAGUCAACAAAGAGGGGGAGUCAGAACCUCUGGAGACUUUUGCCCCUGUUGUCGCCAAGGAUCCCUUCGAUCCACCCGGGGCUCCUGGCACUCCAGAACCAACGGACUGGAAUAAAGAUCACGUGGACUUAGCGUGGAAGGCUCCAGAGAGUGACGGGAAUGCUGCCAUUACCCACUACAUCAUUGAGAAGCGAGAGAAGGGAUCUCAGAAGUGGGAGAAGGCUGCGGAGGUGUCUGGUGAUCAGACAAAAGGUACCGCCCCUUUCUUAACAGAAGGAAAGGAGUACGAGUUCCGAGUGAUCGCCUGCAACAAAGCUGGACCAGGUGAACCCAGCGAAGCAUCCAAGACUGUCACUGCAAAACCACGUUUUCUUGCUCCUUUGAUCGAAAGGAGAUCAUUAAACGACAUAACAAUAAAAGCUGGACAGACCAUUAAAUUCGACGUGAACGUGAUGGGUGAGCCUCCUCCAUCCAAAAUCUGGACCAUCAAUGAUGUUGAGAUCAAAGCGAUAUCUGAUCGUAUAAUGUUGACGAAUGAGGAUUAUAACACAAAACUAGUGAUAAGACAGGCAACGAGAGCGGAGAGUGGAAAAUUCGUCUUGACGGCAACCAACAGUUCUGGAAGAGACUCGGCAUACGUCAUUGUCAAUGUACAAGAUAAACCAUCGAAGCCAAAAGGUCCACUAGAAGUGUCCGAUGUUCAUAAAAAUGGUUGCACAUUGAAAUGGAAGAAACCUGAGGAUGAUGGAGGGGUUCCACUAGAUGGUUACUUAGUGGAAAAAAUGGAUGAAGAAACGGGAAAAUGGGUUCCAGUUGGAAAGACUAAAGAGCCCGGUAUGGAUGUGGCUGGAUUGGUGGCUGGCAAAAAAUACAAGUUCCGCGUCAGAGCCUUAAAUAAGGAAGGAGAAUCUGAACCUCUGGAAACAUCGGACAGUAUCACUGCAAAAAAUCCAUUCGAUGAACCAGGCAAACCGGGUAAUUUAGAAGUGACGGAUUGGGACAAGGACCACAUUGACCUCAAGUGGAUUCCCCCUGAAAGUGACGGGGGAUCUCCCAUCUCUUCCUACUUAGUGGAAGUGAAAGAUAAACUGGGAAAUUGGGAGAAGGCGAUGGAAGUGCCUGCUGACCAGACUACGGCUUCUGUACCAGAUUUGGUGCAGGGUCAGAAGUACGAGUUCAGAGUGAAGGCGGUCAACAAAGCUGGACCAGGAGAGCCCAGUAAUGCAACACCACCCGUCACAGCAAAGCCUAGAAAACUUGCACCCAAAAUCGAUCGUUCCACCUUAAACAAAAUUCGUGUCAAGGCUGGAAAGACGUUCCACUUCGAAGCGAGCGUCAUCGGUGAACCCCCUCCCACCCUGCAGUGGUCCCUCAGAGACAAUACCCUCCAACCCAGUGAACACAUUAAAAUUAGCAAUGAAGAGUACAGCACGAAAUUAACGGUCAGGAAAUGUAGGAGAGAUGACAAUGGCAUCUACACAUUGCUGGCCUUCAAUGAACACGGAAAAGAUGAAGCACAGGUCGAAGCACUUGUCUAUGACAAGCCCUCUCCUCCUGGUGGUCCUUUGAAAGUGGAAGAUGUGACAGCAGAUGGGUGUAUGUUGUCAUGGAAACCUCCUUCAGAUGACGGUGGUCAACCCUUAGAACAUUAUGUCAUCGAGAAAAUGGACGAGGACACCGGUGUGUGGACUUCUCUGGGUGAAACUCCCCAGACAGAACUCAAGGUGAAGGGAUUGCAGCCAGGUAAGAAAUACAAGUUCCGAGUAAAAGCUGCCAACAGACAGGGAGAAUCCCUUCCAUUGGAAACAGAUAAAGCUAUUUUGGCCAAGAAUCCCUUCGAUGAGCCUGGAAAACCUGGAACCCCGGAAAUCGAAGAUUACGAUCGAGACUUCGUCAAACUGAAAUGGACAGCUCCAGAAAAUGAUGGGGGAUCUCCCAUAACAGGUUAUGUCAUUGAAAAGAAGGACAAGCUUCUCAGCCCCGAUUGGACAGCUGUUCAGGAAGUUCCGGCUGAUCAGACGAGCGCCGUGAUUCGGGACCUGAUGGAAAAUGGUGUUUAUGAAUUUAGAGUGAGAGCCAUCAAUAAAGGAGGUUCAGGUCAACCCAGUGAUUCCACUGGACAGCACAUUGCAAAACCAAAGAACUGUGAGUUUCUUUUUUUUUCGCUACUUUAUUUAAACAAUAGAUUUUUUAUCAUCAUGUCACGACUUGUUUUUAUAACAUGGUGCGUUUUUAAAAGCCCUUCAAGGUGCUAUUUUUCAUUGGAGGCUUUUAAAUAUUGUGUCAUUGUAACAGAUGUUCCCCUGCCUCCUAAGAAUCUGCAGAUCAGUGAGGUGAGCAAAGAGAGUUGCCUGGUGUCAUGGAACCCACCCGACGAUGACGGUGGCAGUGACAUCCAGCAUUACACAGUAGAGAAGAAGGACAUGGAGGGUGGAAGAUGGGUUCCUGCAGACGAGACAGUCAACACUUCCCUGCACGUGGACAGGCUCAUAGAGAUGCACGAAUACAUCUUCAGAGUGAAGGCAGUCAACAGAGAGGGAAGUUCUCAAUGGACCAUGACCCGACAAUCCAUCAUUGCCAAAAAUCCAUUCGAUCCACCGGAUAAACCGAGUCCACCUGUGGCCAUCGACUGGGAUUCUCAUUCCAUUGAAUUGGAGUGGCGUCCACCUAAAAAAGAUGGCGGAGCUCCCGUCUCCAGUUACCUCAUCGAGAAGAGAUUGAAGGGUGCACCCCUCUGGGAAGAGGCGACCAGAGUGACCGGAACUAAAGCCAAGAUAUCGGAUCUGGUGGAAGGGGAACAGUACGAAUUUCGUCUGGUGGCCAUUAACAAAGCCGGACCCAGUGAACCCAGUGAUCCCACACAACCCAUAACAGCCAAACCCAGAUUUUUGGCCCCCGUCGUGGAUCGCCUGACACUUUUGGAUCAGAGGGUCCGUGCUGGACGUCCCAUCACCUACGAAGUGUCCAUCAAAGGUGAACCACCCCCCAUUGCUUCGUGGUCCAUCAACGAUCAUCCAGUCAUCGGCAAUCCGAGGAUUGAAGUGCGUACCACACCCACCACCUGCUUCUUCGAGAUUUUGUUGUCUGUUCGAUCAGACACUGGAAAGUACACACUCAACUUGGAGAACAGCUCGGGAAGGCUCAGCACAUCUGCAACCGUCACUGUAUUGGACAGACCCACUGCUCCAGUCGGACCCUUGAACGUGAGUGAAGUGACCAAAGACUCGGCCCUUCUGUCUUGGAAACAGCCAAAAGAUGACGGCGGCUCACCCAUCAAAUAUUAUAUGAUAGAGAAGAUGGACACUUCCCGCGCCACGUGGAUGGAAGCUGGUCAGUCCACGUCCCUUUCUUUCAAGGUCCAGAAUCUGGUCCACCACAAAUCCUAUCAGUUCAGAGUGUUUGCCGUCAAUGAGAUUGGAGAUUCAGAUCCCUUGGAAAAGGAAGAGGGCGUCACUGCCAGAGAUCCCUUCGAACCUCCGAGCACUCCUGGUAAGCCCAAAGCGACGGACUGGGGUGCCGAUUUCAUCGAACUGUCGUGGACCCCUCCAGAGGAAGAUGGUGGAUCCCCCAUCACAGGUUAUAUCAUUCAGAAGAGAACAAAAGGAUCGAAUUUGUGGGAGAAAGGAACAGAAAUUAUCGGCAACGAAGGAAAAGGAAAAGUGCCUCAUUUGAUCGAGGGACAGGAUUACGAAUUCCGGGUGAUCGCUCUCAACAAAGGAGGACAGAGCAACCCUAGCGAAGCAUCGGAACUUAUAACUGCUCGUCCAAGAUUCUUGUCACCGAAGAUCGUAACACCCCUGAAGGACAUUGAAAUCAAAGUGGGUGAUGUUCUUCACGUAGAAGUGAAGUUCGUGGGUGCCCCCGUGCCUCAGGUCACCUGGACUGUGAAUGACAAAGUACUGGAGUCUGACAAGAGAGUGUCCAUCUCUAAUUACGAGAGUUACACCCUCAUUCACGCCAUCAACGCCAAGCGUUUGGACAGCGGGAAGUACGUCCUCCAUCUCAAAAACGAUUCCGGAAGUGACGAAGGCACACUCAAAGUGACUGUUCUGGCGAAACCCAGUGCCCCUGAAGGACCGCUGGAAAUCAAAGAUAUACAAAAGGAUAGCGUUACCCUUGCGUGGAAACCUCCGAAGGACGACGGUGGCAGUGAUUUAGUUGCUUAUAUUAUUGAGAAACGAGAUAAAUCUCACAAUGGUCCAUGGGUGCCAGCACUCACCAUUCCAGCCAAAUCCACAACAGCCGAAGUGCCAAAACUCAUUGAGAAUACAAAUUAUGAAUUUAGAGUGAGAGCCAAGAACGCUCAGGGACUCUCUGCAGCCCUAGAAACUGAAAGAUCUGUUAUGGUCAAAAAUCCUUUCAAGCCCCCGAGUCCACCGGGACAACCUGAGCCCGUCGAUCAUGACCGUGACUUCAUCAAGAUCAGUUGGUCUCCGCCACUGAAGGAUGGAGGUUGUGAUAUUAUUGGAUAUGAGAUUGAAAGGCGUGACACGAAAUUGAACAGAUGGGGAACGGUUACAAAGGAUUUGGUGAAGAGUUGUAACUUCACUGAUCACAUGGUGACUGAUGGUCAUUCCUACGAAUAUAGAGUAACUGCUCAUAAUGUUGCUGGCUAUAGUGAACCUAGUCCAGCCUCAAAACCAAUUACAGCAAAACCAAUGAAAGAAAAACCGAAACUUCACCUGGAUGGUUUGUACGGGAAAUUCAUUCGUGUUCGAGCUGGCGAUCCUGUUUACGUAAACAUUCCUCUGACCGGCUCUCCUGUACCGACUGUCAGGUGGACACACAAUGGUCAACACCUGCAGGACACUCCACAUACAAGGCAAGAGAUACGCGAUGAGGAACUCAUCAUGCUGACCAUUCCUAAAUCUGAGAGGACAGACAGUGGACUCUACAACAUACAGGCUAAGAAUGCAUAUGGUGAAGAUUCAGCUGACAUAACAUUGCUCGUAUAUGACAAGCCCUCCCCCCCACGAGGACCUCUAGAAGCUGUUGAAGUCACAAACAAUUCCAUCUCCCUGAAAUGGAUGAAACCGGAAGAUGAUGGCGGAUCAGAAUUGACAGGUUUCAUAUUGGAGAAGUGUGAUAUUGGUGGUGACAAAUGGCUUCCCACUGGUGGCUAUUGUCCAAAUCCGGCCUUCACUGUGAAAAGUUUGGAUGAAGGAAAGCAGUACCGGUUCAGAGUGAGGGCUGAGAACAUAUACGGCAUAAGCGAACCUCUCGAGAGUAAACCAAUCACUGCAAAGAAUCCAUUCGACACCCCAGAUCCACCGAGUCAACCGAAAGUUUUGGAUCAUGGACCCACUUUUGUAUCAUUAUCCUGGCAGCCUCCAGCACAUGAUGGUGGAAAACCAAUUAUUGGCUACCUGGUCGAGAAGAAAGAGAAAGGAACACAGGAAUGGGUGAGAGUGUCGCAGUUCCCCAUUCCCGAAACUGAAUUUGUAGUCCCGAGUUUAUCCGACGGACAGACAUACGAAUUCAGAGUAUUGGCCGUGAAUGAGGGAGGGGCAGGCAAACCCAGUAAACCCACUGGUCUCGUCAAGGCAGAGAAGAAAAAGUAUCCACCAUCGAUGCCGGAAGCGCCACACGUCGACAAGAUCACCAAAGACAGCGUCACUCUGUCCUGGCCUAAACCGGAUGACGGAGGAAGUAAAAUACUCGGUUAUUACAUCGAGAAGAGGAUGGCACAAGCCAAAGAGUGGGACAUCAUCAACAACAUCUUGCACGUCGAUAACACGUGUUUCGUGGUUCCUGACUUGGUGGAGGGAAAGGAAUAUGAAUUCAGAAUAAUAGCGAUGAAUAAUGUGGGAGAGAGUCCACCCAGCAAACCCAGCUCAAUGAUUCUAGUGGAAGAACAACCAGACAAGCCACGCAUUGAUGUGGGUGCCAUCAAAGAUAUUGUAGUGAAAGCAGGCGAAGAGUUCUCAAUUACAGUUCCAUUCACUGGUUUUCCUAAACCGUCUGCCACCUGGACAAAGAAUGACAAAGACAUCGAUGACACGGACGCCAGGAUAUUCUUGAAGGUGAGCGACACAAAUGCCGUAUUAGCAGUUACAAAUGCAAAGAGAGACGAUACAGCGACUUUCAAGGUUCAUCUUAAAAACAAAUCUGGAUUUGAUACCUGUUACUGUAGAGUCACUGUCCUAGAUAAACCAACGUCACCCGAGAAUGUUCACGCGGAGGAGAUCGAAGGUGAAUCUCUCACUCUAUGCUGGAAUCCACCGAAGGACAAUGGAGGUGCUGAAAUCACUAAUUACGUGGUCGAGAGGAAGGAGGUCGGCACUCUCACGUGGGUCAGGGUGUCCAGUUUCGUGACUGCGACAGCCUGCCGUGUCCGAAACUUGGUGAUCGGAAAACAGUACGAUUUCCAGGUGAUGGCUGAAAAUCAACAUGGAACCAGCGAACCAGGAAAGACACGAGAACCCAUCCUCGCUAAAUUACCCUUUGACCCCCCUGGUGCCCCGGGUGUACCUCAGUCUGUGGAUACAUCUGUUGAUUCCAUCACACUGAGCUGGCAGAAACCGAGAGAUGAUGGUGGAAGUGCCAUCAUUGGAUAUGUCUUGGAGAAACAAGAGAAGGGGAAGGAGAGGUGGGUGGCCGCCUGUCAAACUACCAUUACAGAACAAACUUUCCGUGUCACCGGACUGAAAGAGAACCAGGAGUACAUGUUUAGGGUGUGUGCCCUCAAUGCUGCCGGACAAGGUCCCUUCAGUUCUGGAUCCGAUGGAAUCUUCGCUAGACCACCUCCCUGCUCGCCUAAAAUAAGUGCUGGAUUCAGCUUACGAGACAUGACAGUUCAAGCAGACGAAGAAUUUACAUUGAGAGUGCCUUUCAACGCAUUCCCAGUACCCACAGCCACCUGGACUAUUAAUGGUAAAGCAUUAGUGAAAACGGAUCGAGUUUAUAGUGAGAUCAAUGUCGCUUUUACAGUCCUCAUCAAUAAAAAAGCAAAGAGAGAUGAUUCUGGCUCUUAUACUUUGACUCUAAAGAAUCAGCACGGCACCGAUAAUGCAUCCUGUAGAGUUCUUGUAGUGGAUAAACCAGGACCACCAGAAGGACCACUGGAAGCAUCUGAUGUGACACCCGAGACUUGCUCGUUAUCGUGGAGACCACCCAAGGAUGAUGGAGGUAGUUCCAUCACCAACUACGUGGUCGAGAGACAAGAGGCAAACUCUCAAGUGUGGACGAAGCUGAGCAGUUACGUUCGUGGAUGUCACUAUGAAGUGAUUGGACUGGAACACAAGAAAAAGUACCACUUCAGAGUAAGAGCUGAAAACAAAUAUGGCGUCGGUGCUCCACUCGACACAGACCGUCUCCUCACGGCUAAAUUCUCAUUUGAUCCCCCCGGUCCACCCUCCUGUCCGUCGAUUACAGACUAUGAUGGUGUGAGUGUGAGCCUGUCUUGGGAUGCACCAGUACAGGAUGGAGGUUCCAGAAUCCAGGGAUACCAGGUUGAGUACUGUGACAUGGCCGAUGGAAGGUGGAAAGUGGGGAAUGAGUAUCUGGUGAAAGAAACACACUUCACAGUUCCCAAUUUGAGUGAGAACCACGACUAUCAAUUCCGGGUGAAAGCGAAGAACGCAGCUGGACUGGGCGAAGCGAGUCAACCCACUGCUACUUUGAGACUCAAAAAGAAAUUCAAUCCCCCAUCUCCUCCAGAAGAUGUGAUGGUUGGAAAAGUGGGUCGAAGUUAUAUUGAGCUUCGAUGGGAAAAGCCUCGUUCUGAUGGUGGAAGUAAAAUUACAGGUUACAUUGUUGAGAGGAGAGAAGCAGGGAGCACGUUCUGGUUCAAGGCCAAUGAUUUCCCAUGUGCUGAAUGUCACUAUACUGUGAUGAAUCUGAUGGAGAACGCGGAAUAUGAAUUCAGAGUAUAUGCCAUCAACGCAGCUGGAAAGAGUGAGCCCAGUGCAUGCACCAAUCCCAUUAAAGUAUGCGAACUUGCAGGUGGACAGAAACCAGAGUUUGUGAGAAAAUUAUUCAACAAAAGUGUUCCUAUUAACAAACACGUCGUGUUUGACUGUGAAGCCAUUGGAAAUCCCGUUCCAACAGCUAGAUGGUUCAAGAAUGGUCGUGAAAUCCAUCCGGGUGGUCGUCUCCUGUUGUCUGAGGGAAAAGAUGGAGAAUUCAAGUUGACGUUCACGGAAGUGUGGGAGAAUGAUGAAGGGGAAUACGCUUGCGUCGUCUCCAACUCUAUUGGAUCUGACAAAUGUUUUGCCAGAAUGAUUAUAGCAGCCGCACCCAGAAUCGAAAGAUGCCCCACAGAAGUCCUCUUUCCCGAAAAAGAAAACGGAAAAGUGAAAAUCUAUUUCUCUGGCACUUCACCCUUCGACGUCUUCUUGCACAAGGAGGGAUUCGAGGUGAAAGAGAACGACGAUCACAUCAAGUACACGGUGUUCGACGACUACGUCAUCAUUUACUUUAAGGACAUCUCAAAGAAUGACGUCGGGAAAUACAAACUGACAGUCAAGAAUGACAGCGGAUCUGCCGAAGCUACCUUCUCACUCUUUGUCACCGGUCUCCCUGGUCCUCCCAUCGGUCCCUUGGAGGUGAGCGACAUCAGCCAGCACACGGCCACCCUGGCAUGGAACCCCCCGGAAUACGACGGGGGAUGUAAAAUCACUCACUAUAUGAUAGAGAGGAAAGAAACAACUCACAACCAAUGGGUGAUAGCUGUCAGCUACUGCAAGGUUACCUACAUUCUGCUAUACACUAAUAGAAAUGGAUGCUUGUUUUGUCACAGGUAUAAAGGUGUGAGGGAAAUCUUUGAAGGUACUGGUAAGUACACCCUACUGAAGGAAGGAAGUACCUUCAUACUCGGCAUAAGUGAGGUGUAUGGAGAAGAUGCUGAUGAAUACAGCUGCAGGGCUCACAACAAGGGAGGUGUCAGAACUUCCAGAGCUGAACUACUUAUCAUGAAGCCACCUCACAUCAAUGUUCCACCGAGAUUCCGUGAUCUUGCACAGUUUGAGAAAGGAGAAAACAUUCAACUGAAGAUUCCUUUCACGGGAUUCCCUAAACCCAGUCUCAAGUGGAGCAGAAACGAAGAGACAAUCGAAAAAGGUGGACACUAUGACAUCAUAGUAGGGGAGAGACAUACCAUACUGGUCAUACGAGAUGUCAAUACGGAUGACAACGGACCCUACAGAUUGACGGCUGAGAAUGAACUGGGAACGGACUCUGCCAUCAUCAACGUUCAAAUCAGUGACCGUCCUGACAAACCAAGGAACGUGACAGUGCAGAGAGUGACAGAUGACUCCGUCACGCUCUCCUGGAAGGCUCCAGCCUGGGAUGGUGGCUCUCAGAUACACAACUACAUCCUUGAGAGGCAAGAGACACCCAUGACCAGCUGGGUCAGAUGUGGAAACACAAGGUUAGUUAUUUAUUCCUCACUUAAAGCGUAUUCCGUUUUAAAGUUAUCUGCGAUUUUAUUUACAAAAAUUAAUUGUGAGGCUCAUAGAGAUCCAAUCAGCAAGGCCACAUAUUUUGCUGCGUUAGUGUACGCUUUAAAAUUUAGACAAAAGAUAUCCGUUAUCGUGACAUUGCCUCAAAUAGUUAAAAUUAAAUUUCGACAGUUGGAUGCGUAUGGGAAGAAAAUUCGGGGUAAAUCAGAAGGUGUGGUUUCAAAUUAUGACCAGUUUGAAUCCCAGAAAGAAAAAGCCAAAAAGAAAUUGGUGGAUGCGUAUGGGAAGAAAAUUCGGGGUAAAUCAGAAGGUGUGGUUUCAAAUUAUGACCAGUUUGUGUUUAAUAUGGACAAAUACAUUCCACAAGCAGUUGGUAUCAAAACAUCGAGUGUUUAUGAUUAUUAUGAUAUUUUAGAAGAAAUUGGAAUUGGGGCAUUUGGUGUUGUGCACAGAUGCAGAGAAAGGUCAACAGGUCACGUGUUUGCAGCCAAAUUCAUUCCAGUGUCUCAUGCUGUAGAGAAGGUGAUGGUAAAGAGAGAAAUUGAUAUUAUGAAUCAAUUGCAUCAUCCCAAAUUGAUUCGUUUGCACGACGCUUUUGAAGAAGAAGACGAGAUGAUAUUAAUUUACGAAUUCAUGUCUGGUGGAGAGCUCUUUGAACGCAUUACCUCUGAUGGUUACACAAUGUCUGAAGCAGAGGUCAUUCACUACAUGAGACAAAUAUGUGAAGCUGUGAAGCACAUGCACGAGAAGAAUAUCAUUCAUCUAGACCUCAAACCAGAGAACAUAAUGUGCCAAAUGAAAAAUAGUACGGAGAUCAAAGUGAUUGAUUUUGGAUUGGCAACAAAGUUCGAUCCCAAUGAGAUGGUCAAGAUUUCGACGGGAACUGCCGAGUUUGCUGCACCCGAGAUCGUGGAGAGGGAACCAGUCGGCUUUUACACCGACAUGUGGGCAGUCGGAGUGUUGGCUUACGUCUUAUUGAGUGGCUUAUCUCCUUUCUCUGGUGAAAACGAUAUUGAAACCUUGAAGAAUGUUCGAGCAUGUGAUUGGGACUUUGAUGUGGAAGCAUUUUCGAAAGUGUCAGAUGAAGGAAAAGAUUUUAUUCGUAAGCUUCUUCAACGAAGCAAAGAGAAAAGAAUGACAGCGCAUGAAUGCCUGGAACACCCAUGGUUGAAGGGAGAAAUGGAUGCCUCCAAAUCACCCAUAGACAGAAGCAGAUACAUUAAAUUCAGGGACCAGAUACGUGCCAAAUAUGGCGAUUAUUGGUUCUCUUGUGCCGUUCCUUUGGGCCACAUUUCCAAUUACAGUUGCCUCAGAAAACUUCAAGAGGAACGAUACAAAAUUAGAGAAUUCUCAUUUGAUCGCCGUCAAGCCGUUCCAAGAUUUGUGAUAAGGCCGCAGAGCACUUUUGCCUACGAAGGUCAAGCAGCCAAGUUCUUUUGCAGAAUUAUUGCAGCAUUCCCUGCAACUGUAACAUGGCACCGAGAUAAUUUUGAACUGAAGCAGAGUGUGAAAUACAUGAAAAGAUAUCAAAACGAUGAUUAUCAUUUCACACUGAAUCGUUGCAAGACUGAAGAUCGGGGAGAAUACAUCAUUCGUGCGGAGAAUAUUUAUGGAUUUAGGGAAGAACCCGUGUUCCUCAAUGUACAGGCUCUGCCAGUCAAAAUUCCUCACGUCAAACUGGACGAACCGAUCAGGAGGCGUGCACCUCUACAUAAAUUGUGGGAGGAGCCUGCCGAUAGAAGUCCUUGCUUCACAUUCCAACUCAGGCCACGAUGCAUGCAAAGCGGAUCCGUCUGCAAGCUCUUGUGUUGCCUCGCAGGGAAACCCACACCAAACGUGAAAUGGUUUAAAGACGGUAAGGAGCUGAACAAGUUUGACUAUAACUGCAGUCACGCUGAUGGAGUGGUUACCAUGGAGAUUGUGGGUUGCACUGUUGAAGAUUCAGGAAGAUACAGUUGUAGAGCGACAAAUGCAUUGGGAGAAGAUGAGACUUGGUGCCAUGUACAAGUAGAAGAUCGCAAAGGUCCCCCACAAAAAACGCCCCUCCUCCUGCUUCCCCCUUCCACCACUUCACCUUAUAGACCUUCCCCCAUGCGAGACACUUCUUACAGAGCAUCCUCUGUGUCCAAAAACAAGUACAGCACUUCAGACUAUUCAAGCACAACAGACUAUUCCAGCAAAUAUAGUUCCAACAAUUAUAGCAGCAGUUCCAGCAAAUACAGUUCCAGCAAAUACAGUUCCAACAAAUAUGAAUCAUCAUCUAGUUAUAACAAGCAAUCAUCAUCAUCAUCUAAAGACUACUUGUCGUCAUCUAAAGACUACUUUUCGUCAUCUAAAGACUACUUGUCGUCAUCUAAAGACUACUUGUCGUCAUCUAAAGACUCCUUGUCGUCAUCGUCUACAACAAAGAGGACGCAGAAACCCUACGGAAAGAAGAAAACAGAGGGAGGAGGGGAAGAGACUGUCAGAUCAAGAACUUCUACCAGAGAGCUCGAAAUUCCCGAUGACACAGCUCCCUCAUUUAAGGAGGGACUGACAGACACAGAAGUGAAAGAUGGAGAUCCCCUCACCCUCAAAUGUGUUCUUAUCGGAGAUCCUGAUCCACAGGUGGAAUGGUUCAAAAAUAAAGAACCAUUGCAUUCUUCGGACAUCAUUGACUUGAAGUACAAGAAUAAAGUGGCCACACUAACAAUAGGUGAAGUCUUCCCGGAAGAUGAAGGAACCUACACCUGCAAAGCGACCAAUUCCCUGGGAACAACUUCAACAGUUGCAAAAUUAACUGUUUUGUUACCAGCCAAAGAAAAUAAGAAGAAAAAGAAGGAAGGCGGAAGUAAACCUCCGAGAAUCACAAGUCAUCUGGUCAGUCAAGUCGCAAAAGACGGUGACCCAAUGACCCUCUCUUGCACUGUAAAAUGUCCGUCAGACUUCGAAGUUGUGUGGUUGCAUAACGAGAAGGAGAUAAAGAACAGUAAAGACUUUCAAUACCAGAAUGUGGGUGAAAUGUAUAAAUUAGUAAUUCCAGAACUUUUUCCCGAAGACAGUGGAAUCUACACUUGUGAAGUUUUUAAUGACGGAGGGGAAGCUUUCAGCAGUUGCACUCUAUCCAUUAUAGUUCCUAAUGAAGCCGUCAAAGGACCGUGUUUCACUAAAUUUCCAGAAUCCCAAACUGUACACGAAAAUCAACCGGUGACCUUCACUGCUGAGGUCGAAAAAGACGCUGACAAAGUGUCUUGGACAAAAGAUGGCAAAGUAUUGGAGGAUAGCAAUAAUUUCAAACUGAGCCAAUCAGCUAAAGUGUACUCCCUCUCCAUAAAGAAGUGUGCGUUAACUGAUGUCGGUCAGUACAGUGUUAAGGCUGUUAGUUCAGCACUGGGUGAAAGCAUAGCGACCUUCUCUCUUAAUGUUAUCACAGAUAAUUAAUUGAUUCCUAAAUGGAUGUUGGUAUAGAAAAUAAGGAAUCAUCGUUUCAGUAAAUUUCACAAUUCCAAUGAAGUGUGUGCUCUUUUGUGACAUUCAUUUAAAUAUCAUGGAUCACCUAUUUACAAGCAUUAUGUUUUAACUCCCCCCAUUCAUUCAUUAAAAUAUCUUUUUUUAUUAAAAGAUAUUUGUGUUUUCAAAUCGGAACUCUUUACUCUUGUGAAUGCAUUUGACUCCUUUAUGAUUCUGUAUUGUAUUUUAUUACAAGCAAAUGCAACUCUGUGAAUAAAGUCAAUGAUGAAGUCUCAAUUGUGAUUUUUAAUGACCAGACACAGAAGAAUAGAAUAGAAUUCUCAGCAAUUGUGUAGAACAACUUUUUUUGUAAAGUGUUUAAUUCAAACCUUAUGUAGAUUCAUAAUGAAUGUUGUUUGAUUUGGAAGAACUCAAUCAAGAAUAAAUAAUAUUUUUGCAUUUCA